GUGGCCGUGGAUGACAGUGACUCUCUGGCCUCAAUAGGUGCAUCUUCAGCCUACCUCACACUUUGGGCUCCUCAGGGAGGAGGGGCUGCAGCCCUAGCCCACCGUCGGCACAAUGAUCCUCAGGCUGCUCCUGGCUCUCAACUUUUUCCCCUCAAUUCAAGUAACAGAAAACAAGAUUUUGGUGAAGCAGUCGCCCAUGCUUGUGGUGUACAACAAUGCGGUCAACCUUAGCUGCAAGUAUACCUACAACCUCUUCUCAAAGGAGUUCCGAGCAUCCCUUUAUAAGGGAGCAGACAGUGCUGUGGAAGUCUGCGUUGUGAAUGGAAACUACUCCCAUCGGCUUCGGUUUCAGUCAGCUCCAGGAUUCAACUGUGAUGGGAAAUUGGGCAACGAAACAGUGACAUUUUACCUCCGGAAUUUGUAUGUUAACCAAACGGAUAUUUACUUCUGCAAAAUAGAGGUCAUGUAUCCUCCUCCUUACAUAGACAACGAGAAGAGCAAUGGAACCAUUAUCCACGUGAAAGAGAAUCACCUUUGUCCAGCUCACCAGUUUCCUGACUCUUCUAAGCCAUUUUGGGCACUGGUGGUGGUUGGUGGAGUCUUGGCUUUCUACAGCUUACUAGUAACAAUGGCUCUUUGUAUUUGCUGGAUGAAGAGUAAGAGGAAUCGGAUCCUUCAGAGUGAUUACAUGAACAUGACGCCCCGGCGGCCGGGACCCACCCGCAGACUUUACCAGCCCUAUGUCCCAGCGCGUGACUUUGCAGCCUACCGCUCCUGACAUGGACGCCUAUCCAGAUGCAAGCCGGCUGGCACCUCUUCACCUGCUCAACACCACUGCUCUGGAUAGGAAAGGACAGCCUCGUCUUCAGCCAGCCAUCUCAGGCUCCUAUUAGGCCAUCAAUGCCGAUUUUCCUAUAAUGACUGGACCAAAGAACAUCAUUUUGAGACUCUGAAAUGAAGUUAAAGAAUCCUCCUGUGGCAGGCUAAAUUUCGUAGUGCCAUGACCAAUAUUCAAACUUACUAUGUAUUUAUUGACUUAAUUGAGAGGUUAGCUUUAAAAUUUGCUUCCAGUUUUACUCCUUUCUCACUCAUGUGCACAUUGUGGUCGAAUAAAGUAUGAUAUCGAAAGACAUUUAAUGGAGAAGAAAAGUUAGAAAAUCAUUCCCUUUGGUUAAAUGGGGGUUUAGAGUAGGAAUAGAUUAGAAUGGGAGUAAGGAGACUUAAACAUUUUUAAAACCAUUAUAACACUGUCUUUUACUCAUGAAAUGAGCCACUUCAUUGAUAUUUAGUGCUGUUUUCCUUUUGGUUUAGAAAGAUGUAGAUAUUGUCUUUGAUGUAUUCUGGUCAUAUUCAGUUAUUUUGACCGAUGGAAUACCUUCAAAACAAUGCAAGGCAAACCAACUCGCUUUCCUUACUCCCUGUGAUGGGAAAUCAAUGUAGUCCUCACAAUAAGAUUAG